UGAAAAAAUUUUUAUUCAUGCCAGAACUUUUAGCUGAUUGUCUUUACGAAAUAUUUAAAUAUUUGAGGAAUGAUGAUAAAGAUGAUAGAAAAUCUUUAAAUAAUUGUAUUUUCGUUAGUAGACUUUGGUGUAAAAAUGCCAUUCCUUUAUUUUGGGCUUGUCCUUGGAACGAUGGUGGAAAUUUUGUAUAUAAACCAACUAUUAUUAAAACUAUUUUAUCUUGUUUAUCUUUUGAUUCUCGUCAAAAUUUAUUAAGUAAUGACAUUGCUACUUCUUAUCUUACUUCUCAUCGUCUUCCUUUAUUUAAUUAUAUUACUACUAUAUUAGAACAUGAAUUAUAUAAUUUAUAUAUGUCAAAAGCUUCUUCCAUCUCAAGACUUCUUGAUCUUCCUGAUUUUCCUAUUAUGUAUAUGCCUGGUGCAAGAUUAUGUUUAUCUCAUCUUUCUGAUUUGGAUUGUAGUACUGAAGAUUCUCCAAGGUACUUUUUUUGUCUGGCUGAAUUCUGUAGAAAAAUUCAAAGGCUUCGUGUUUAUCCUUGUGAAGAAGAUAAUCAAGGAUUGGCUACCUUAAUUAAUUUACAACAUCGUUUAAUUCAUCUGGAUUUGGGUACUGAUAAUAGUGAAAUGGUUGAAAAAUUAAUUCAUAUUGGUGAAGCUCUUACUACUCAAGCUCAUUCUUUAUCUUUUAUUAAGGUUUAUAAUAAUUUGUUUUUUUCUACCGAACAUUUAUCUUCUUUUAUAUUCCUUAAAGUUUUAAAAAUUUAUGUCACUUCUGAAAUACCAAGAAAAUUUUGGCUCUGUAACAUGGUUUUACCAAAUCUAGAAGUACUAGAUGUAUUUCGUGAUGAAUUUACUCCUUUUAGAUUUUAUAAAUGUCUUAUUGAUCAUUCUUCUUCUAAAUUUAAAAGAAUUUAUUGGAAUAGAUUACUUGCUACCCCUCCUGAUAAUAAAGAAUUUCAAGAUUUUAUUAGAAUUAUUUCAAGAUCUUUUAAUUCUCUAAAUUUCGUCACUAUUUGGUAUUCCGAUGAUUUUAUUGAUGAUUUUAUUCAAUUAUUAUCAAUUUGUAAAAAUUUAAUUGGAAUUAAGAUUUGUGCUAAAGAUUUAAAUGAUGAAAAUAUUAUGAUUAAUGCUGAAAAUAUUUUAAAAAUUAUUAUUGAUAAAGCUCCAAAAAAUUUUUCUAUUUUAAAUUUUGAUGAUGAUAAUGUUUUAAAAUGUUUUAGAAUAGCUGAUUUCUUGGAUUUAGAAGAUAAAGAAUUUAUAAGUGUUAUUGACUUUUAA